AUGUCCGCCAGAGAAUCCCUGUUGUUUUUGACGGUGGUGAGUUCUACUAUCAUCAGCGCCUCACUGGAAUGCCCGCCGCUUUGCACCUGCUCUAUCAAAUAUAGACGCCAUUUUGCUGAAUGCUCCUACAAAGACUUGGCCACAAUCCCAUCCGACCUGCCACACAAUGUCGCCACUCUCAGUCUCUCGGCAAACAAGAUCCGUACGGUACCACGAGGCGUUUUUGCCAACGUUACCCGGAUGAUGUCACUGUGGAUGGCCCACAACGAAAUCGUCUCUAUCGAGCCAGGAAGCGUCUCGUCUCUGGUUCAUCUGCGCAACUUUGACGUCAGCCAUAACAAGAUAGCCGACUUUCCAUGGGGCGAUCUGCAGAAUCUGACUCGGCUGCAGCUGCUGAAGAUGAACCACAAUGAAAUGGCCAGCCUUCCUAGCGACGCCUUGGCGAACCUCAAAGACCUGAGGUCCCUCCAUCUCAACAACAACAAACUUCUGACUAUAUCAGAGGGGACGUUCGACUCCUUGACUUCUCUGUCCCAUUUGCAGCUCUUCAACAAUCCUUUUGCGUGCACUUGUACACUCAGCUGGUUCAGAGAUUGGUUCUUGACCUCCACCCUCUCCUUCCCCAAAAUGAACCUAAUGACUUGUGCUACUCCAAAGGAACUUAAAGGAGAGAUGAUUGUGAACUUAGCUGAGUCCAAAUGCGCUCAGCCGACCGUCACAAUCAGGACUCAGCCACAUGUUGGCGACACAACUUUGUAUGAGGGCGAUGCUUUGGUCUUAACUUGUGACUUCAAAGGCAACCCGACGCCAUUGGUCAUGUGGAGUAUUCGCAGUCACCCGAAAGAACCUCAUCACUCCUUCUUGUCCAAUAGUCCGGUCCAAAUCUAUCACAAUGGAACCGUCAUCAUCUCACAUCUCAGCAAGGAUGACAGCGGCAACUACAGCUGCUCUGCCUCCAACAAGUUUGGUACGGCGAUUGACUCACUCUUAGUCAAAGUGUCAUCAGGGCCAACGUCUGUAGCUAUGACCGAUACAACCCAACAACCGGUCGUAACUGAAACAUCUGUGUUUGAUUCCGUAGCUGAGAGAAAAGAAGUCUUGCUUACCUCCUUUCCAACCGCAGAGAUCACCCCUCAGUAUUUUGAGGAGUCGAUAGGUGCGACCAAAUGCGGCUUGACUGGUAAAACGAGACAUGUUUCAAACCAUGUCUUCAAUCGGAGCUUGGAUGACACGACUCAGCACGUGUUUGACUUUGGCGUCAUUGCGCUGGGGGUGUCAGAAACGGAGGUCACCGUAAAACUCAACCCUCUUCUAAUACCCAGAGACAGUAACUGGACUAUCGCGGUCUCACCAGAUAGUCCUCACAAUGUCAGCCAAAAGCCUCACAGGCUUCAAGAGAACUCUGAAGAAUCCCGUUCAAGAGGGUUGUAUCUGUGUGUCACCGCUGACCGCAAACACUCGCCUGUGCUGUGGUCCCAGAUUAAAGAGGGCGUCAACACCUACCUACUCAGUGGUCUACGACCAGGUACAAACUACUCCCUGUGUCUGACCUACAAAGGGGAGGACUGUGAGGUUCAAGUGCUCUUCGCCACCAGAAGAAAAGUCCCUAACCUGAUCAUCAUAAUCACAGUCAGUAUUUGCCUUCUGACCGUGUCAACCGUCCCCCUACUUGGAGCCACAUGUUUCCACUUGGUGUACAAAUAUCGCAGCAAGACGUACAAGCUGAUCAUGAAGGCCAGAGACCAGUACCAGACGGAAAGGACGCUUGCCACUAACGUUAACGUCCACGCACUUCUAACCGAGUCUCAGGGGGACGUGACCAUCAGUCAGCUGGAUGAGAGUGGAGAUGCAGAGAAGGAGGCGGACACGGAAGAAAGCAUAGUGACCGAGACUCAGUCCAGAGGGAAUUUGGACGACUGCGAGGUCGGAUCGGAGUUCAGCGAGGGGCUUCCUUUGGGGGCUGAAGCAGUCAAUAUCUCCAGCAAUGACAACUAUGUGCAGUACAUCAGUGACUGUGAACCGGAUGUAGCAUAAAAUAACCUUGUUGCACUUUUAAGCUGACAUUGUGCUUAGUGCCAGUGGUGUGUCGUGUUAUUUAGGGAUGGGUAUCGAAUUCUGUAGUUUUACAGAUACCAAUCGACGUCCGUUGUUACUACUGUGUACAGAUGAAAGUAAAAUCAAACAGUACCAUAGUUCGAUGCCUCCGUUGCACAAGGCGUCACGUCAGACACAAGCCGACUGCGACACAAUUUGAACUGCCAACAAAGCAAGAAGAAGGCACUGGAAAGUACAGUAAGGCUCCGUUUUUUCAAAAUGCACUAGCUCAAUGCUAAUUUAUAUUAGAUUUGCUGUAGACGUGCUACUGAUUAACAUUAGCAAUUUUACAUGGCGAUUUCAACACCUCAAAAUCAGUUAAUGGAAACUGCAACUAAGAUGCGCGCUACAAUCAAACAGCUGUAAGUAUAAUACUUAACCGUAUAACCACUUUGUAGGGCUCAACAAAAGACACAAAUGGCUCAUUCAACAUGAUGGCAAAGACUACUUCUUGGUGAAGGUAACACACUGCCAUCUAAUGUCUUGAAAUGGCAACUGCAUGCAAGGUCCACAAUAUAAUGCAGUAAAGUAUUUGCAAAUGAGACACAAAAGUGUAAGAGAACAAGAUGAUGAUUUGCCAGCAGAGCUCAGUGUUAAAUGUUAAAUAAAUACAACAUUUGAUUUAUUUAUAUACAAAGGUACAGAAAAUUGGUGGUGCUGAGAACUUUUAUUGACUCCCAAGUACCAGGAAUUAGGGUCAGAUUGAUUCAAAGGUGAAAGGUACUCAUGGCUAGUCUUAUGUUGACAUACUCCAGUCAGAUACGCACAAUCACUUACCUACUCAUUAACUCAUUACCUAACCAGCUAACUUAUCAACCCGACGGUGAUGAAUGUCGCAGACGGUGCAUUAAUUCUGCACAAUAACUUGAAAUCACUAUUUUGUCGCUAUUUUGGGGCAUUAAGACUUUGCUGCUCAUUGGUUUUCUAAUUGAUUGCCUCAAAUCUGUCCAAGAUCUUGUCAGCGCCAACUCAAAGGGGACCUAUGAUGAUUCUGAUCCACAUUCAAAUCACUUUCUUGAAGUCUAAAAGUAUCGGAUAUGCUUUGGUGUCAAUUUUGCUCCAGAGUCACAUAUUUAUAACCGUCUUUCUGCAAUUGUCGUUUUGUGUUUGGAGCCAUUCCCUUUAGAUUGCAAAUUAAGUCCGGCCUGACCAUCUCCAAAAGUAACUAUUUUAGCAGUCGACUAAUCAAAAAAACAUGUCGGCUAAUCAUUAAAGUAAUUGCUGAAUCCAGCUUUUUACUUACUGGUCCAUGUUGACAAAACAGUCCCGUGUAAAAUAUCGGGGACAAACAAACACGGAUGUAUUAUUUUAUAGACAUCAGAGGAGGCGCGAGGGCGUGAAACGAGAAGAAAAAAAAUAAUCCUUUGACUCGUCGACUAAUUGGAAAAUAGUUGACUGACUAGUAAACAAAUUAGAAAAGUAAUUGUUUGACUGGUCGGCUAAUCAAAAGAAAAAUGCAGAUUUAGUCGACUAAUCGGAAAAAAUAAUCGUUUGACUAGUCGACUAAUCUGCAAAAAAGUUUGACUAGUCGACUAAUCUGGAAAAUAAUCAUUUGACUUGUUGACUAUUCUGAAAUAUAAUCGUUGGAUUAGUCGGCUAAUCAAAAAAAUAAUUGUUUGACUCGUCGACUAAUCCGAAAAAAAGUUUGACUCGUCAACUCAUCGGAAAAAAGGUUUGACCAGUCAACAAGUCUGAAAAAUAAUAAUUUGACUAGUCGGAUAAUCAAAAAGAUUAUUGUUUGACUCGUCGACUAAUAAUAAAAAAGUUUGACUAAUCGGAAAAAUAAUCAUUUCACUUGACGAUAAUCUGAAAUAUAAUCGUUUGACUCGUCGGCUAAUCAAAAAAUAAAUUUCUGAAUAUACAACUAAUCAGAAAAAUUAUUGUUUGACU